AUGAUAUGCAAUAAUUCUUCACCAGGAACUUACACGUGGAAAAAAUUAUGUCAUCAAAUGCCAUGGAUGAUAAACUUCGAAGAUCAAUAUAUAUCAGACGAACAAAUAAAGGCAGCAUAUCAAAACACGCGUCUCGAACAUAACAUAAACCUUAAUAUCAAUUCCAGUCCCAAGCUAGCAAGACUUACUCGUAUUAUGGUUACAUUGGGUAGAAGGAAUUCUCAUCCUGAAGCUGUCGUUAGCAUAAUGAUGGCUGGUGCAAAUAUAGUUCGUUUGAACAUGGCGCAUGAAACGGAUAAGUGGCAUACAGCCACAGUACAAUCUAUCAGAAAAGCGGGAAAUACGAUGUACGAAUUCACGAGCGAAAUAUAUCCCUUAGGAGUCGCAAUAAAUCUUCAGGGUCCUGAAAUAAGGGCUGGUGCAUUCCGCAGCGAUAAAACAAGCUUAGGUUAUGCCAAAUUAAAAGAGGGUAAAAUGGUAAAAUUGGUAACGCAGGAUAUUGCAAAACGUGCAGGAUGUGCAACCUGUUUUUGGGUUUCUUAUCCUAAUUUACCUAGGAUAUGUCAAGUAGGAGAUAGAAUAUUAAUCGAUAGAGGAGCCGUUUUAUUACAAGUCACUUGCAUCCACGAGCAAGCUAUAACUUGUAAGAUUAUCAAAGGUGGUAUUAUAAAAGAUGGCAAGCUGAUACAAUUAUUGGACAGUUUAGUUCCAUUACCACAAAUUUCGGAAAAGGAUAUUGCACACAUAAAAUGGGCUUCGCAUUUAGAAUGUGAUUUUCUUAUAAUAAAUCACGUGCGUAACGAGAAAGUAUUGUACACUAUUAAAAGUCGCUUCAAGCAAAUGAAUAUUACUAGAAUUUGCGUUAUAGCAAAAAUCUCGUCUCAACAAGGUUUGGAAAAUUUAGACGAAAUUUUGAAUGCAGCUGAUGCUAUUCUCCUCGACAGAAAAGGUAUUGAAGUAGAAGUAGGAGAUAAAAAACUGUUUUUAGUUGAAAAAAUAAUUAUCGCAAAAUGUAUAAAAAUGGGAAAACCAAUCAUAUUAUCAUUCGAAGUAUGUGACGAAAAUGAUAAAAUAAAUAUCAAUAUGAAUUUAAUUGCAAAUGCUGUUUUGAAUGGAAUAGACGCGAUUUUUCUUAAAACUGGUUCUUUGAACAUGUUUGACACUUCUCAAUUGAUAAAAGAUAUCGAUAUCGUAUGUAGAGAAGCUGAGUGUGCUCGAUGGCAAAAAGAAAUUUUCGAUGAAUUAAGUUACAAGGUACCAAUACCUAUAGACCCUUUACACUCGAUCAUAGUUGGUGCUGUUAACAUAUCCUUAAAAUCGAAUGCAGCAGCAAUUAUCGUUACUACAACAACAGGAAGAAGUGCUGUUUUGUUAUCAAUGUAUCGUCCUAGAUGUCCAAUUCUCGCAGUUACUCGAUAUGGAGUAGUCGCAAGAUGGUUAAUGCUCUAUUUCGGUAUCCAUUCUCUUCAUUACAAAGGUGAAUAUUUUAAAUGUAAUUUAGAGGAAAGUUUAUCAGAUUGGAGUAAAGACAUACAAACUCGGAUACAAACUGGUAUCGAUUCUCUCAGAAAAAAAAAGUACAUUAAGGUCGGUGAUGCAGUCGUGAUUAUUAGUGGAUGGCGUCAAGGUACAGGAUUUACUAAUUGUGUUCGUAUAGUUUACGUAUCACCUGGAUGCAGAAAGGAUCAAGUCCCAGAUUUGGAGUCUUGCUGGUGA